UUCCUUUCACAUUAUAUAAGCCUAUAUGAGGCCUAAUCCCAUAAUUUAUUUGUUCAGAUAAAAAAAAUCUGAUGUUCGUUUCACAUUACAUUAAAUUACAUUACAUUACAAAUGGAGCCCUAUUCUGGAUCUGCCGGGACUCCAAGGGAAAAGCUCGUGACGUCACCGUCAGACAGCUGGAGCCGGAUAUCCGCCAUCACCGGAAAAUCCGAUUUUGGGCAUUCUUAGCAGGAGCAAUGGCAGCUUACGUUCUGUGUGGAUGGCUAGCUUGACGGUGAAUCUUGCGUGCAAAUGAUCGCUUUUUAAACAUUUCAGUCUACGAUCGAAGGGUCUACGGGACGAAUCGUCGGUCUAUCGGAACACACGUUUUAAAAUGUCAAAAAGCAAAUACUAGCGACCGAAUCGCCGUCACAAAACCGCAAACGCUUAGCAAGGCUCUGCUAGCAUCCUCGAGACGGUCGAUUUUACAAUUUUAUACCUCUACAUCCACAGAUAAAGAGACGCACACGACCGGGAACCAACCGUUACCUUCUCCCAGUCAACCGCUCUCCAUGCCCGAGCAAGGUCCGAGAAUGAACAGCUUCUCUCUCGGCGAGUUGUGUUGGCUCUUCUGCUGCCCGCCCUGUCCGAGUCGCAUCGCGGCCAAGCUGGCGUUUUUGCCGCCGGAGCCCACGUACUCCAUCCAUACGGACGCGAACGGCGCGUCCAGCCUGCACCUGACCGAGCGCGCCGACUGGCAGUACUCGCAGCGCGAGCUCGACGCCGUCGAGGUGCUCGUCACCCGAACCAGCCGCGGGAACCGGGUGGGCUGCAUGUUCGUGCGGUGCGCGCCCAGCAGCCGCUACACGCUCUUGUUCUCGCACGGGAACGCCGUGGAUUUGGGCCAGAUGUGCAGCUUCUACAUCGGCCUGGGAUCCAGGAUCAACUGCAACGUGUUCUCGUACGAUUACUCGGGUUAUGGGGUCAGCACCGGGAAACCGUCCGAGAAGAACCUGUAUGCUGAUAUCGAAGCGGCCUGGCAGGUGCUCAGGAACAAGUAUGGAGUGACUCCAGAGAACAUCAUUCUGUACGGUCAGAGUAUAGGGACCGUGCCCACGGUGGACCUGGCCUCUCGGUACGAGUGUGCCGCGGUUAUCCUGCAUUCCCCCCUCAUGUCGGGCUUGCGCGUUGCUUUCCCGGACACCCGCAAAACCUACUGCUUUGAUGCUUUUCCAAGCAUCGACAAGGUCUCAAAGGUGGCGUCACCGGUGCUGGUCAUCCACGGCACAGAAGACGAGGUGAUCGAUUUCUCCCAUGGCCUGGCCAUCUACGAGCGAUGUCCACGUGCCGUCGAGCCUCUGUGGGUGGAGGGCGCCGGGCACAACGACAUCGAGCUUUACGCCCAAUACCUCGAGAGACUGAAGCAGUUCAUCACCUUCGAGCUGGCUACCUCCUGAAGCCGCGGCGCGGACGACGCGUAGGGUUCACCUUCACCCAGGGCUGAGGACGACAUCAGUACUUGCACUUGCUGAAGAAAAACUGGACUCCUCCGUCUCGAUAUUCAGGAGCGAGGCCUUUUAAUCCCUAAGGGGAAAUGCAUUUUAAUGAUUUCAAACCACUUUCUAUUCUUUUAUACUUGAGCAGACGUUGCCGUUUUGCACCGCGUUCAGUACAUGCUAAAUAUUUCGACGAUUUUUGGUUGAUUCUUUUCGUCGACGCAUUUCAUUUUUAAAUACCCCUCAAGGGUCGAUUAAAUGCACUUUUAUCGUGCAGAUUUUUUCAGGUUGACAUAUUUUUGUGUUUUGAAUAGUUUUUCGCAGCAUUCCGUUUUAACAUCUUUAAAGUAGAUUUAGUGCGACGAUCCGGUGACUGAAUUUUUACAUGGCCAGUUUUUGUGUGUGCGUGCGUGUGUUUGGGGGGGGGGGUGCUGUUUGGGUAAAAAACUGUAGCUUGAGCUAAUUAAAACUGGAAGACCUGUGGAAGUGACUUGACCCGUAAAUAAUGAAGUUGAUCCGCUAUGUACUGUCCAUGAUGCAACGUCUUGGGGGGCUGGUUGGGUCUUUUUUAUUUGUUUGAGCGCUGAAACAUGGUGCUUUGUGUUAAGACAGCAAUCAGGGCAUUGUUUCAGCAUAAACACUACAUUAUACAUGUUAAAUUGAAAAGUGGGCUGUAAAAAAUGUGAAGUUUCAAGCUUUCUCUGUUGCUUUUAGCGUUGCGUUACAAUAAGCCUUAAGUUCUCGUUUCGCUCCGACAUUCCAGACAAUGGUUUCUUGGAAAUGGGGUUUUAAAGAUUUUCUCUGGGCUCCUGCUCGCUGCUACUCCUGAAGGGAAAAUCACUGUGAAAAACUGAACCUUCGCUACGUGUAAAUAAGACCACACCUCACUAUGUUGAAGUUGAUCCCCGUUUCCAGGCAUCGGACGCAUAAUCCAAGGAAAACGAAUAAUUGUGUUAUGUAUGUCAAUGGUUUUUUUCCCUGCUGGUAAAUGAAGGAUUGUGUGUGUAGACAUGCCACCAUAGCACUACACAACGUUUCCCACGUCUGACGAAGGAAACCUAUUGCUACCGAAACCAAUGAAGUCAUCCGAUUGUAUGUUUUUGAUUCGUGGGAAGUUUUGCCGUUUGUCGCUUUGCUGUAAGGUUAUGCAAUGGCGGUUCACGUGCGUCGUAACGGAACGUCGUUCUUUCUUGUCCAGAGAUCCUUCGUCCGCGACCUCACCGGACUUUGAGACACUUUGCAAGGAAUGGCAUAACCUGACCCCUGAGCCUGUCGUUGCUUUUGAUACUGAUGUUUUUACAAUGUUUUUCAGUAAUGAUUACUGUAAUCUUUACACCUUUUAAUGCUGGUUUGUAAGAUAACCGUACUGUACACCCCAUCUCUCUCUCUCUCUCUCUCUCUCUCUCUCUCUCUCUCUAUAUAUAUAGGUAUGUAAAAUAUGAAGUAAAUGGUAUUUAGCUUUGAUUGUUUUGUUUUUUGACACUGGAAUCACAGAAUGCAAAUAUAAUGCAGAGGAAAACAGAAAAUUAGUUGGUACAGACACUUUGCGUGUAGUUCUUUUAUUCAACUGUAUCUUUGAAGCCUUAAAUGUGCCGCGAGACAGAUUAUUGUUCUUUCUGUUGGUCGUUGCUUCGACGCAACGCAAUGAAUAUUGUACUCUUAUAAAGGAAUAAAGGAUGCAUGGAAACUCG